UUGUGUCGAGGAGGCGCUGUUGAAGACACGGAACAAGAGCAAGAGGUUGCCUCGUUUGGAUCUUGGAAUCUUCCGUCAGAGGAUUUCCAUGGUCUUUGGGAAAGGAAUCAAGCACCGACUUCUUCGAUAUGCUGCAAGUGCACUUCUGUUUUCAGAGAAAGGCGUAAACUGUCAGCUUGUUUCUUGGAACAGGUAAACGGACGCAGCCAGAUUGUUUGUGAUGCGUUGAUAUGCUUACUGACCCAUUUCAACUUUCAGGGUGGUUUUGUUGUUCGGACCACCUGGUACAGGAAAAACAUCUCUGUG